AUGGAUGCAAGGCCUCAGCGAAUUCGCGUCCGCGGAGACGAGAACGCUCCUAUCGGCGUGCCUGCCAACAAGACCAUUCACCACCGCAACAAGUCCACUCCUGCACUGCCGACCGCGGUCCAGAAUGGCGGCCUCAGAAAUGCAGCCAAACGAACUGCCUUUGGAGAUGUCAGUAAUACAAUGCACCAGGUCCGCUCAAGCAGAGACGAUGCUUCUCUAGCUGGCAAGAAUAUACCACUCGCCUCAGCGAAGACAGGGCUUUUGGCGCAAGACAAAAAGCCCCUGGUUCUCUCCCAACCAGCUCAACGGCCCAUGUCGGUUUCUGGUCUCAAGGGAGUCUUGGCCAACUCCAAGAGCACUGAUAACCUUGCGAAGCAAAGGCUUGCAGAGAAUUCUUCAUCUCAUCAGAGGGCGAAUACCCGCAAAUUACUCACUAAGCGCAGCAACGCGGUCUUCAAAGAUCCUCUGCCGCCAGUGGCAGAGACCAAGUCCACUACGGUCAAACACACUAUUCCUCGAUCCAGUGACGCAGCCAAGCAAGAGUCCAGCGGUUUCCCAUCCACAGCGCCUUCUCAGCGGCAGAACAAUGCGAACUCGGCAGAAAUUCCACAGACGGGCAUUGAACAAUCCAAGUCCUCCCAUGAGCCUAGUGGUCUUGAUGUUCCCGAGCAAUGCCCCGCUCUUAGUUCAGAUACGACCUACGUUGACGACACCGCAAACUCGGAGGACGUGGAGGACGUGAAGGAAAACCAGAAGCCUAAUGCCCAUUCCACCACGUCUUCUGCCGCAGAGUUACCGAGUCUUCCAGAAUCUAGAGGACUUCGCAAGUCCGACGGCCAGAUGCCGCGUGACUUGAUUGAUUUGGCACAUGCGCGCUCCGACCAGGGCCCUGCCCCUUCAGAGCCUGAAGAAUACUGGGAUGACGAAGAUGACGAUAAUGAUGAAGACGAUGGUUACGCUACGGCACGUUCGUACCGUUCUCGUGGCGACAACACGACUGGCGGCACAACUACUGUGCUCUUUCCGAAAUACAACCAGAAGGUGAAGCGUGAACUGGAAAUGGCAAAACAGAUUGUGGAGGCUACGCGCACCAAGGAAGACAUCGAGGAUGAGUACUGGGACACGAGCAUGGUGGCGGAAUAUAGCGAUGAGAUUUUCGAGUACAUGAGAGAACUCGAGCUCAAGAUGCUGCCCAACGCUCACUACAUGGACAACCAAGCAGAGAUCCAGUGGUCGAUGCGGUCUGUUCUCAUGGAUUGGCUGGUCCAAGUUCACCACCGAUUCUCACUCCUUCCAGAGACAUUGUUUCUUUGCGUCAAUUACAUCGAUCGCUUUCUUUCCUGCAAAAUUGUGUCUCUCGGCAAGUUGCAGCUAGUUGGCGCAACGGCGAUCUUCAUCGCUGCUAAGUACGAGGAGAUCAACUGCCCGUCCAUUCAGGAGAUUGUUUACAUGGUCGAUGGCGGCUACACCGUCGAUGAGAUUCUCAAAGCCGAACGCUUUAUGCUCAGCAUGCUGCAGUUUGAGCUUGGGUGGCCCGGUCCAAUGAGUUUUCUGCGGCGGAUUAGCAAAGCUGACGACUACGAUCUCGAGACGCGCACUUUGGCGAAGUACUUUCUGGAAGUCACCAUCAUGGACGAGCGCUUUGUGGGAAGCCCGCCUAGUUUCGCCGCUGCAGGGGCUCAUUGCCUCGCCCGGCUGAUGUUGAAAAAGGGAAACUGGUCUCCCGCUCACGUCUAUUACUCUAAUUACACAUAUUCGCAGCUGUACCCCCUGAUGUCUCUCAUUCUCGAGUGCUGUGAAAACCCCCAAAAGCACCACGCCGCCAUUUACGAGAAAUACUCGGACAGGCGAUUCAAGCGUGCAUCCCUCUUUGUUGAGGCUGAGUUGGCCAAAGGCUUUCGUCUUCCCAAUCAGAGUUCCUGGUGCCAGUUCAGCUAG